CACACGACGUGAUUGGGUGCCAUCCAAAAAUCGUCCUGUCGUCGAUGGGAUGAUUGGGGUUGGUGUGGAAGAGGAAAGUUGAGACGCGCUUGUCAGGCGGCUGUCAAAGUUGGAUGGCAGGUGAGGUAGAGUUUGGACAGAGACCAGGCUUCGGGUGGCAGAUCGGUGGUGUGUUGCAUACGGUCUUUUUAACCCCUCUCCGGAAUCGCUUUUUCCUUGCUGACGGACGACAAACUCCCAAGGAUGUGGCCUAUCAUCGGUUUUUCUUCCGAAGGCUUCUUGUUUCACUGUUUUGCUCUCCUUCUAGCCCGGGCGGUUUUACUCUUCGCGAGCAGCCAGGGCCGGGGUUGAUGACGAGACGACGUCUACCAGAUCACCCUGUUCCGUACAUCGUUUGAAUUGGCC